UUUUCCACAUUUUUCCUUCUUUCGCUACUCUUAUUGUUUUCAUAUCUUAGCCUCUCUGCUGCACACAACAUAACUCAAAUCAAAAGUGAUGAAUCCAUACUUCUUGCUUUGAAAUCCCACAUCACUUCAGAUCCUCACAAUAUUUUGAAAAAUAAUUGGACCAGUGGAACCUCGUUUUGCACAUGGAUAGGAGUUACUUGUGAUUUGCGUCGUAGCAAGGUGACUAAAUUAGAUAUCUCUUAUAUGGAACUCGGAGGAAGCAUUCCACACGAAAUUGGAAAUCUUUCAUCACUCGUUUAUCUAGAUAUGAGUGGAAACUCUUUUCAUGGUUGUAUUCUUCUCUAUCCAUUUUUUAAUUUGUUGUUAGUAGAAUCUAUUUUAUUUAUAUGGUAAUUCUAUCAGGUCGGCUACCAAAGGACAUUUGCAGUCACAAUAAGCUUCAAAGACUCAAACUACUUAACCUAUCGAGGAACGAAAUGGAAGGAGAUAUACCGUCAAGUUUGUACCAAUGUCCACAACUCGAGAGUAUUGACUUGUCACGCAACAGCUUUGGUGGAAAUGUGCCUACACAAAUUUGGAAUAUCACACUGCUUAAGGAAUUAGACCUUAGUUCCAACAAUUUGAGAGGCCGCCUACCAAAAGACAUUUGCUCGCAUAACAACCUUCAAAGACUCAAACUACUUAGCCUGUGGUGGAACAAAUUGGAGGGAGAUAUACCAUUGAGUUUGGGUCAAUGUACACAACUUGAGAGUAUUGACUUGGCAAGGAACAACUUUGGUGGAAAUGUCCCUCGAGAAAUUGGGAACAUCACACAGCUUAAGGAAUUACGCCUUAGUUGGAACAAUUUGAAAGGUAUGCUCUUGUCUUUAUACUAAUAAUUUAACUUAAAUAGAAAAAAUAUUAAUUUAUUUAACUUAUUUUUUAAAAUAAAAAUAAAAUUUAGUU